CUACAUCCGUUCGCGACAACCCGUCCAGCAGCUGCUGGCAAGCAGAGGACCGGACAUCCACUCAUCCACUGCGCUUGCAUCGGACAACCAACCCACCCCCAACAAGUACCACCUUUCCAUAACGCCAGCGCGUAUGGCGACCGCCGACAAUCAAUCAGUCGUUCAAUCAUGCCUGUUGCUCCGACACACCCGGGUGGCGCAGCACUUUCCAUCUUCGCUCCCCCAUCCAUCUAUGCCGGGAUGACUCCAAAUCUCAAAACACACGCGCGUCGCUUGUAUAUUUGUCAAGCCUAUCCCCUUCCUCUCUAUUUAUCCAUUGCAUCGCUGCUACAGAGCAGAGUAUCACAGUCCAGAACAUGCCGGAUGCAUUUGGAAUGGCCCGAACCGUCGUCCCAAGUUGCAGAUGGUGGCGCUGUAGAGAAGCAUAUCGAGUGCGAGAAUGGAGGGGGCUCGCGUGUCAUGUUGCAGGGGUGCUACUGGUGCUUUUUAUUGGCGAGCCUUAGCUUGAUGGGGACUAGAUGUCUGGUUCUUCCCGACACGACAGCGACAUCGACGGUCGUACUUGUACACAUGCGGUGAUGAUGAUGCGCACAUGAUUCGACGGCCAUGACGAAAUUCAAUAGGUUUGUUUGAUGUUUGGUGAUUCGUGUUUAUAGGUGGGUAGAGUAAGUAUAUAGGUAUAUGCUACUAUAUUCCCCUCUUCUAUAUGUUGCAUGCGUGUCCGAUGGAACUGACAGCACUUCAAGCCCCGGAUCGGAUACAGGCCGUCGAUGGAUGACUUCCAGUUAGCACCGCAAACAACUAUGGACUGUACCCUGAGUAGUGUUUUCUAGCAUCACGUCCAACCGUCCCAUGUCCUGACGUAGAAUUAAAAAUGAAAGAGUAGGAUGACAUUGCAUCAAAUAAACCCCGGCCACAGCAUCUUUCAAUAUCAAGUACCAUGUGGUGUGGCGUAUCCAACGACCACAAUAGUUUUCGAGCAUGUCCGAGUGCAUGUUGAUCGCCCGGUACCUGCAGCAUAUGUGCCAUCCCGUGAUGGGCUUGUGUGACUUGUAACGCCUGCAGAGCUUUCUGUACGACCAGAUGAGGCAUUGUCCAACGUCACGUCGGAUAGCACAAACAGUCAAUACCAUGUCACGACCAGCACUACAGACCGCCCCUAUACACGGCAUGUGACUAACAACCCGAUGGAUCGCUUGCGAUGAACACAGAGGUGUUCCCUCACUUUGGUCGUUCAGUACAGCAGCCACCGAACCCCAGUUGCUCCUACGAGAAUCGAAGGCACGCAAUUGACAGACCUCCAUAGUUGCAUCACCAAUUCCCACCACGUGGUCGGAGCAAACUGCGGUCAUUGGGACCGUUGUCUAGCGUUACGUGAAUGCACACAACAGCAAACAACCAGUCCCCUUUAUCUGGUUGGACAAAGCAGCAAACGCGUGCUUGCUCUCACUACGGAUUAUAUUGCCUCCGCCCGCCGGUCUUCCACAAACAGAAGCUUCUAUUUACCUUUUUCUAUCCGCUUCUACGGCCUAGCGUUUUUCCCCUCUUCACCUAUACAACAACAACAACAAAGCGCCUACACUCGCUCGAUUUGCCCCACUACCGCGACUCUACAUACCCUCUAAUCAACAACCCACAUACUCUCUCUUUCCAACCUCUCUUACCUGCAAUGGCUCCCCUCCGCACCAUUCUCGCCAUCGGCGUCUUCGUCCUAGCCGCAGUCAGCGCCGCCACGGACGACCGCACCGCAGAGUGUGGAACCAUCAAAUGCGUCCCCGGCCUCCAGAACUGCAGCAAAGACCCUACAGGCCAAGACAUCUGCGUCUACGCCGGCGGCUACGGUGAUCACCACUCGGGCAGCACCUCCGUCGCGUCCAACCCCAACAUCACCGCUUCUCCCACCGGCCCGUUCGCCAACUCGACUUCGGCCGUCGUCACCCUGUCGACUACCACCACAGCCUCCCAGGGCGGAAACUCUAGCGUCCAUGUCACGUCGACUGUUACUUCCACUUCCGUCAAGUCCUCCGCUUCAUCCUCGUCUUCGUCCGAGGGCGACAAGCCUGAAGCUACGCAGUCGGAGUCGGAGCCGCCUAAGCCUUCCGAGUCUGGUGGCGUUGCUGCUGCUGGGGUUAGCGUCGUGGGUGCGCUUGGUGCACUUGCGGUGUUUGGCCUUUUCUAAGAUUUCCCUUUUGUCCCUUCUUUGGUGCACGGCGCUAGGGGUUUCGAUAUCCCUCUCUUUCUCUCUAUCUGAUACGGACUGUGGUUAUUGGGUUUUCCCUUCUCUCUCGCCUCAUUUCGGGACUCGUUUUGAAAU